GAGGGAGGGGUGGGGAAACCUAGCGGGCCGCGGCUGCAGCACCAGCAGCAGCACCAGCAGCAGCCGCAACGACAGCAGCCAGAUCUGGAGCCGCCGCUGCCGCCGCAGCUGCAGCUGAAAGAGCGUAGUGCCUGGGGCUGGAAGAGGAAGCAUAUGAACCAAUAUUCACUUAUAUGAAGACUGUGAAGAAGCACUUGAGUGAUAAUUUUGAAUGCUGUUACAGCUGGACUUGUUUUGUAGAGCGCUUGAAAUGAACCUCUCUCAUCUCUUGUUAUUAGCCUGGAGCCCCUAGUACUGGAAUACAUUGACUUCAAAACAAAAAGAAAUAAUACGGAUCAUCAUUGUCAUCAAAAACAUUUGAACAGUUGUGAUGGUGAAAUGAGAUGAGGCUCCGAAAUGGAACUGUGACAACUGUGUUAGUUUUUAUCACUUCGUUCCUCAGCUUGUCUUGGUAUAUUUCAUGGCAAAAUGGAAAAGAAAAAUUGAUUGCAUAUCAGCCAGAAUUUCAUGCCUUGAAACAACGUCUCCGUAUAGCUGAACAUAGAAUCCUGCAACGUUCUUCUGAACUAAAUGCAAUCUUAGAGCAAUUCAGACGUGUAAUAGCAGAAACAAAUGGAACCAAGGCUGCAUCAAGUAAUUUUUCAGAUAAUACCCUAAAACUAUUAAAAGACUUAAUGAACAGAAAAUCUCUUCAAGUGCCAAAUAUUUAUUACCAUUUGCCUCAUUUAUUGGACAAUGAAGGAAGCCUUCAACCUGCUGUGCAGAUUGGUUUUGGAAGAGCAAGAGUUUCAAUAGUAAUGGGAAUUCCCACAGUGAAGAGAAAAGUAAAGUCUUACCUUGUAGAAACUCUUCAUUCUCUUAUUGAUAAGUUAUCUCCUGAAGAAAUGUUGGACUGUAUUAUAGUAGUUUACAUAGGAGAGACGGAUCUAGAUUAUGUACACAGUGUUGUAGCCAUUCUGGAGAAAGAAUUUUCUACAGAAAUCAAUUCUGGUUUGAUGGAAAUAAUAUCCCCUCCUGCAACUUAUUAUCCUGACUUCACAAACUUAAAGAAGACAUUUGGAGACUCAAAAGAAAGAGUAAAGUGGAGGACAAAGCAAAACUUGGAUUAUUGUUUUCUUAUGAUGUAUGCUCAGGAAAAAGGCAUUUAUUACAUUCAGCUUGAAGAUGAUAUUGUUGUUAAGCAGAAUUACUUCAGUACAAUAAAGAAUUUUGCACUUCAGGUCUCUUCUGAAGACUGGAUGAUUUUGGAGUUUUCCCAGCUUGGAUUCAUUGGUAAAAUGUUUCAAGCUUCAGAUAUCACUUUGAUUGUAGAGUUCAUAUUUAUGUUUUAUAAAGAGAAACCUAUUGAUUGGCUCUUAGACCAUAUACUCUGGGUGAAAGUCUGCAAUCCUGAAAAAGAUGCAAAACAUUGUGAUAGGCAAAAAUCAAAUCUACGAAUUCGAUUCAGGCCUUCCCUUUUCCAGCAUGUUGGUUUGCACUCAUCACUAGAAGGAAAAAUUCAGAAACUCACAGAUAAAGAUUUUCUGAAGCCAUUACUUCACACAAUGCAUGUAAACCCACCUGCAGAAGUAUCUACUUCUCUGAAGGUCUAUCAAGGACACACAUUGGAAAAAACUUACAUGGGAGAGGAUUUCUUCUGGGCUGUUACUCCAAUUGCUGGGGACUACAUAUUAUUUAAAUUUGAUAAGCCAGUUGAUGUGGAAAGCUACUUGUUCCAGAGUGGUAAUCCAGAACAUCCAGGAGAUAUAUUGAUAAAUACAACUGUGGAAGUUUUGCCUUUUAAGGGUGAAGAGCUGGAAAUAAGCAAAGAAACCAAAGAUAAUCAAUUAGAAGACGGUUAUGUCAGAAUAGGAAAAUUUGAAGGUGGUGUGGCAGAAGGGAUGGUGGAUCCCAGUUUAAACCCCAUUUCAGCCUUCCGUCUUUCAGUUAUACAGAAUUCUGCUGUCUGGGCUGUUCUUAAUGAGAUUCAUAUUAAAAAGGUUCCAAACUGACCAAGUUCUCUUAGGACAUCGAUGUCAAGGUCAUUUCAGACAAAUGAUCUCAAAGGGACUUUUCAGCUGUGAAGUUGGUUCCCUAAAAGAUUGUUCUUUAAGACAGAAAAUGUUAGAACAAAUUCAAGACAAUGAAGCAUGUUUCUAUUCUUUUGUAUUUCACUUGAACACUACCUCUUGUGAAAUCUGCUGUAGAUAAGAUUGUAUUAAGCCUUUUUGUCAGAUCAAUUCAGAAAAUUAAUCCUCCAUCCAUAAUAUUCACAUGAAGCCUAAGUCCUUUAUUUGAACAUCAUUUGUACAAUUUACAGUCACAUUGUGUUAGUAUUGUCUUAGAUUAUUUUGGUAUUUUCCUAAUACAUAAGGUGUACAUAUUGUUACAUUCCUUCAAUAUAAGAAUAAUGUCAAAUACAUUUUAUGAAGGGGGUACUUUGGGAUUUCAUUUAUUUUACUAUUGCAAACCCCCUUUUAUAGAUUAUCAGGGAUAUAUGUAUAAAUAUAAAUAGACAGAAAAGCAUUAAGUUAAUUUAUUGAAAUUAUUUGAGGAGUAAAUAUUUUGGUGCAUAAAUUUUGAAUUACUUUUUAAAAACAGAUUACACCUUGCUUUUUUUAAGUUUUAUGUGUUUUUCUUUGAAAAUGAAAACAUUUCAAAUGGUUAAUACCAUCUUUUCAAAUGUACUGCCAGUAUAAAUAAUUCCAGAUGGAUUUCCUAAAUGAAGUACUUUUGUAUCCUAAAGGAUCUGAAAUAGUGUAUUUUCAAAGGCAUCAUCAUUCCUUAAAUCCCCUUGCUUUGAAAAAUCACUUUCUGUGUGGGCUAUAACUGUACUGUGUACAGGAGUAAGGCUAUAUACAAAGCAGUUUGAUAAAUUUUAGCAUACAAAUGUGAUACAUUAAAAAUAAAAUGACAGGCUUAAUGUUUUCCUGUAAUGCAUUGAAAUAACAGGUUAUAUUUCCUUUUUGAUCUUUGUAACCAACACAAUACUCCUUUCAUUAAAUAUCACCGGGAUAUAUAGCUUCAUGUUUUCUAAGUUUGGACAAAUUUCUUGGUAACGAUUGUAUCAAAUUUUUUCCUAAGAAAUGUUAUUGUAUUUGCAAAUUUAAAGACAAAUGAUGUGAGAUUUUUAGUGAAAGGUACUGUUGCAGCCAUGUUGUAUUGCUCCACUGAUUUAAUUUGUAUCUUCAAGUUAUAAACCUAGUGUUUAAGAAAAUGCCAUUGCAUAAUUGACUUACAUGUAAUUCCAAAAAUACUAUUUAGUGUAGGUUUUUUCAGUCAAUUUCAGAAAUUAUCUUUGUAAAGCUUUUGCUUUUAUUUAAGAAGCUAAAAAUCUAAGGAUAAUGCAAGAUAGAUUCAUUUCUUUUGGUUUUCUUGAUCAUAACUUGCCAAAAAUUUUUUGAUUUUUUUUUUAAAGAUACUAAUGUCCAAGUUCACUUUAAAUUUUGUCUUUGGGUUUAGUGAUCAUUUCUGAGUCAGUUUGGCCAAAAUUCCUAAAGCAGUAUUUAAAAAGGGAAGAUUUUCAAAAAUUUCUGGCAUAAGAAUAUUGUUAUUUGACUGUUACAGCAGUUGAUAUAAUCAUUCCAAGUGCCAAGAGCUCCUUACAUGCAGCCUCCACCAGCUGAAUUAACUAUCUUGGGACAAGAUUGGGGAACUUAAAUGGGAGCACUGUAUGGUUGCUAUUGCACCUUUCCAUGUGGAAAUUCAUUCCAGUCAGUGUGGUGGUCCUCCCCAUCUCCUUUCUUGGAAUCCUACUGGUUAAAUCACAGCUCAGAACCCACCUCCUUCUCCAUGAAGACUUUAGCAAGCAAUUAGUUCCCUUUUCUGAACUCCUAGUAGCUAUACUAUGCCACAUAUUUGUAUAUAUGUUUAAUUCCGAAGUUUUAAGUUGCAUCAUUUCAGACAUGUUAAAGUGAAAGUCUUUUCAAGCAGAUUUUUAGCUCUUGGAGAGUAUCUACACACAUUUUCUUUUCUUUCUUCUUCCACCCCCUAGAGAGUGAUGGUGCAGAUAUGCAGGGGUAGAGGGAGUUUUCUUACCUCAGGGCUCCCUAUACCAAUGAAAUCACAGGUCCUGGUCCCAAAUCCUUAUCCCUAAUUUGUUCCUGCAUAUCCCACAAUGCCUAGCACAGCCCUAGGCACAAAGGUGCUCAAUAAAUACUUGGUUGGUAUGUUCAUUGUUUCUCCUACUUCUAGUGCAGGUCAAACACCCUCACAAAUUUAAGGGCUCCAGCAUGGCACAAAGAUCCCUGUAAAAGAAUUACAGUUUAGUUCUUCAGAGUGAGGUUAGGUUUUAAAGUGUAAAAGGCAGAAUUAUGUUGUCAUAAGAGAUAUCUUGAAGGAAAGAUAUUAGGGUUUUGAAUAGAUGAAGAAGUUUCUCAUGACUCCAAACCUACUUUUGUUUAUUUUGAGUAAUGGUAUAUUUAGUUUUAUAUUCAGAACAAGUAUCACAUUUGUGAUGUUUUCACAUUUGUUAAUCAGAAAAUAUUUAGAUAUGCUCAAUGUGUUGAUGUGAACAUUUUUGUUGCAUUGAUAACUCAAGGUCAAAGCACAUGACCACAUAUGAUUUGUAUCUGAGAAUUAUCCAAUGGUGAGCUAUAUCAAAAUUGUAUUAAAUGUGUUUUAAAGUAAAAAAGCUUCCCAUAAAGUAUUUGGUUUUGUAAAGAAUUAGAUUUUGUGUGUGUGUGUGUGUGUGUGUGUAAAGUAAAACUCUGAAGGCUGCCUUACAGGAUUUAAAAAUCUCUAGCUUUCACAAAGAAAGCUGUUCAUUUGAUACCAACAUCUACCGGAAGGUUACUAAGAUUGGUCACUCAGAAAUAGUAGUUUUAAAACUGUUGUAAAAGUGAGGUAAAAAAGGAAAGAUGUCCUACUGGCCUAUAUUUGUUGGAUAUUCAGACAUGUGAACAUCUUAUGACCUAGCAAUCAUACCCCUAAGGCCUUAUCUUGUACAUUCUCUCCCAUGAACAUUCUAUAGGCUUAAUUGGAAGAUCAGUGAUCAGAAAUUAAAGUGCUGGAGCCAUAGUGUAGUUACAGGAUCCCAAAGUUUGUGUUAAUCAGAGUGACAGGUAAAAAGGUAUACUAUAUCUUUUUUUUCUGGAAAGGAUAGUGUAUGAUUAAAUUUUUAGAGUUAUAGUUAACCAUUAACUAAUUAAGACUACUCUUGAGUUGGAACAAUUAUUACCUAAACCCAUUUUAGAAUUUUUAAUUAGACACCCACAUUUGGAGUAGUAAAAAGUAUGUCACUAUGGAGCAUUCAGACUAUGUUGAAGGACUUGGAGGGAAGAACAAAGAUUUGGUUAUUAUGUAUUUGUCUUUAUAAUCUAGUACAAAAUGGUUGUACCAAUUUCUGUAUUUUGUAUAUUGGAAUCUAUUCAAAAUACACAUCAAUUACUUCAUAUUUCUAAUGAUCUUAAUUUUGUUCUAUCCAUUAUUUUUGUGCUUGUCUAAUAUUGCCAUGCCCUCUAAAUUAAUAUAGCAAGGCAAACAGAAAUAAAGGAAAGAAAAUAAAAGAAUAACUAUGAAUGUGGCCAGAAAUGCUAUUCAAAAAAUCCACUCAGUUUCUCUAGAAAUAAACUUGUUUUAAUUUAUUGCUUUAAAAAUGGUUUGAAAUGACCAAAUCUAUAUGAUAAAAUGCUACAGUAACCAAUGCUUUUUUGCUGUAUUCAUGCAUGUGCCCAUUAAUGCUACAAGAGAAUAAUGCAACCAUGCACUUAAGAAGUAGGAUUUUAAUUUGUCACAUACAUCAGUGACAUUAUGGUCCAUUUCAAAGGAAGAAUGUCUGUUAUAUUAGAUCACACUAUGAGAAAAUUCUCCAUCUUCUUAAUGUUUAGAGAAUACAUUGUGUCAAGAAAAGUAAAUAAAAACAUUUCAAUGCAAAGUAUUCCCAAAGUAUUAUAUUUUCUUGAUGAUUGUAAGCUCUGUAAAAGCAGAAAAUGUUAUAUAUUUUUUAAUGUUUUGAUUCUAGGCCCUAGCAUUGUACCUCUUUCCUAAGAAUUAUUUAAAUUGGGACAUGCUGCUUUUAAAGUUUGUGUACAGUAUGGAUGCUUGCUGCAAAGAAAUGUUUUUAAUGUCCUUGAUAGGAUACUUGAGUAUUACCACCUUCUACAGUUAUGCCCUUGUAUUAUUAUUAGCAGCCAUUGCUAGAAUUAAUGGUUCAAUUGGGUUGACAUUACAUUUUAUUUUCCCCUUAUAAAGCGCAGUGUUUGCCAAGAUUUGGUGAAGACACUUUUUGAGGAAAUACUUUUUCUGAGCCUUAAAAAUGGCCAAUAGUGACUGUACUGUAAGAUGCACUGCCAGCAAAUAACUUUGUUUGGACACAAGUUUUCCGUAGAAGGAUAUAAAAUGAUCUUUAUUUAGACACAAUUGUUCAUUGUGGUUUUUUUCAUAUUAAAAAAAAAUUAAAUGUGGAUCUUCAUUCAGUUCUUAAUUUGGAGAAGUUUUUCCUUUUUUAAGAGAAGAUAACAUUUAGAGAGAUCUUCCCUAUGGAAUCUUUACCUGACAGGUUCUGCAAGAAGCUUUUCUUCAAAAAUCCAAUCCAUGUUUCCCUUAAAUGUCCUCACUAUUCAAUUGUGCAGUAUCUGCAGUAAUCCUUUUGAGUACCUGUUGAAUUUUUAUAGGUAGUCGGAUCUUUGUUUGAAAUCUUGCUGCUAUAAAUUGAAAACCUGUUGAUAGGUUAUGUCGAUUGUGCCUUUCAUCACUGUUCUUUCUGUGCCACAGCUGUCCAUGUGUAU